AUGAAUAUAUUUAUGGAGGGAUCCUGUUGUAUAGUUUUGACACCAGGUAAAGUUAAUUUAACCUGUGGUAGUCCCUGGACGAACCAACUGGUUAUCACUCAGACACCAACAACUGCAGGGGGUAAAAGUUUAUACAGUGACAGUAUAGUAACUACAGCCAGAAUACCUAUGAUAGUAGGCUGUAUUGUUGGUGGUGUUGUUCUAGUGUCUGUAAUUAUUGUUAUAGUCAUAUGUUUCCGGAAACGCAGAAAUCAGAAACCCCAGAACGACCAGAACGUAUUGGAUCAGAAUAUUAGAAAUAGUGAUAGAAAUAUUUACCUUACCACGAUACCUGAUAGACCCAGUCAAAUUCAACAUCAGAAUACAACCGACACCUUAUCAAAUACAGUGUAUAGUAGUUUAGAUUCAAGAUACAAUACUUCCAGUGAUUUAAAACCAUAUGAACAACUACCAAAACUAGAAAACAGCCUAACAGAACACCAGGAAGACGUACCGCAUAUAGACAACGAUUACGAUAUUGUUGUGGAAGGUUCGAGUCCGGAUAAUGAAAUUCCUUCAAAUAACGUUUAUAGCAGCCCUGAUCCACGAAACAAUACUUCUAGUGACUAUAGACUUUACGAACAUCUUCCAAAACAAGAAAACGAUAAUACGGAGCAACAAGAACAUGUUUCAGAGCUACAGGAAGACGUUCUGUUUACAAACAACGAUUAUGUUAAAUCGAAGGAAUAG